UAAGCGACUUCCCUGGCUGUCGGAAGCUGAGCACUGGUCCAGGCUGUUGGGAGCCCCAGCGGCGCGAUGGCGUCCCCGUAUUCAGUCAGAGCCUUCCCAGUCAGCAUCCCUGCGGUGAUCAUGGAGACAGACUGGACAGAGCCCUGGCUCCUAGGGCUGCUCGCCUUCCACCUGCUGUGCCUACUUCUCACGUGCUUCUCAUCACAGAGGUAUAAACUACAGAUCGGGCACUUCCUGUGUCUGGUAGUGUUAGUCUAUUGUGCCGAGUACAUCAACGAAGUGGCUGCAGUGAACUGGAGAUUGUUUGCAAAGUAUCAGUACUUUGACUCCCGGGGAAUGUUCAUUUCUCUUGUGUUCUCAGCGCCGCUGCUCUUCAACGCCAUGGUCAUUGUGAUUAUGUGGGUCCGGAAGACUUUGACUGUGAUGACUGACCUGAAGAACUUACAAGAGAAAAGGAAGGAGAGGAAAAGGAGAAGAAAGGAAGAGUAAUGCCGAGCUUCUGCUGUGCCCCAUGUUUGUCCUCUGACUUGGUGGUUUCCAGCUGGGAGCUGCACAUGGCCCAGAUGUUUUCUGUCAGCUGACUCAUGGUUUGGAAAAAGGUUCUUAUAUCUUAACACAUCACAAAUGGUUCUUAUAGUUUACUCUGUUUGGAGCCCUCCUAAAGCUGUUUGUUAGAACUAACAGUGUGACCCGGAAGCACGGUGAAUGGGGACCCCUCCUUUUCACGGUGGGAGCUUUCUGGUUCAGCCACGCAUCGUACACAGCUUCUCACAAGCUGUGGUAGAUCUCAGUAUGGAACUAGAGUUCACACGGUUUUGAGUGUGGAAACUGGGAAUAAGCAGACCCAUCCUGCUGUGACCACUACCUGCUCCCUCUUCUGUUUCUAGCCUGUAGUGGUGGCUAUCAGCUAAGGGUGGCUUUGUUCCCCAGAAAUUUUGCUGAUGCUUGUCACCGCAGGUGGACAUGACUCUUGUGUCCAUAGGAUAGAGCCUAGGGUGCUGAAAUCCCCCAGGGCACAGGACAGCCCCACCAUGGAGUAUAGCUGUGUAUAUAAUGUCAGCAGUACCCAGGCUAAGGGAGCGGUGGGGCAGGUCUGGAGAAGAAUGCAGUGCCUUUCGGUUCCCAUGAAGCCAGGCCUCUGAAUAACUGAGUUGGGGCUAUGCCACUGGAAAUGUUUUGUUUAAAAAUACUAAGCUAGAAUGAAGGCGGUAAAGUCCAGACUCUGUGGAAAAUGGUAUGUCAAAUGAACCAUUUGGUUUUAUUUUUUCUGGAUAAAGAAUUAUAAAUUCCUGCAUACUCAGUGAAUGGCUUAGCUGUUUCUACCCAGACUAUGACAAGUGCAGACAGUUCUUCCCAUGUGUCACAUCUUGUACAGUUGGGGGCUGGUGAGCACAGCAGGGCGUGUUGUCACCUCUGCUUUGGUUUUGCCAGACACCCUUGGUUUGCUGCUAUGGAAUCCGGAGCGAUGAAUCUGUAGAGAUUACAAGUGACUGAGACCCAGGCUCAGAGACAAUAUUUAUUACCAGAAACACUAUACACUCUUGGCUUUAGUUUAAAGAAAUAUUUGCGAGUUAUUUUCUUUAUUUAAUAGGAUUUUUUUUCCUUUCUAAGUGAAACAUUCUUAAAAGUUCUAAAAUAAAAUAAAAUCUAGUUAAAACUAUUUAAAAGGUUAAAAGUAGAUAGUUUGAUAGACUACGGUUAUGUUCUGAAACCCAGUUAUAUAGUUUUUACUGUUUUUCCAGCUUCAGGCUUAAACAGAAAGCCUAUUGACUGACUUGUGACGAUCUGAUAAUCCGUGGUGUGAGUCUGUGGCUGCUACUGCAGCACUUAACCUGAACUGUCUUCACAGUCUCUUGAUUUGUUCCACUUUACAUUGAACAAAAAAGUGCCAAAGAAAAUAACAUAGUGUAGUAAGUCAAAUUUUGAAUUUAAAAUCACAUUGUUAAGUCAUGAACACUGUAUCUAAGGAUGUACCUAAUUGUAUGUUUCCGAAAUUUUCUGGUUCAGGGUAUUUGAUCAUUUUAUGGUUACAAAGGUGCUUUCUAUAACAUUGGUUAGUUUCAUAGAAAAAUAAGAAUGAAGUAGCCAGUUAGAUAAAUCUGAAAUAAUCGAGUGUCAGAUAGGUCUGGGGCUCAUCAAGCAGAUCUGUUCCCCUAAGGCCUUUGUGUCUGAGGCCAGUGGUGCAGAACGGGUCAGAGAGUGGUUGAGAUGUCUGAGUUCUGGCAUAUGUUGAUAUUAAUACCUCAGACUAUGUAACCAUGACCUUGACUUGGGGGCUUUCAUGACUUGUCUCUGCGUGUAUGGUUGUGGAUGCACAUGUGCUUAGUUUUUGAGAUAAUUAAAUGUUUUGUUUUGUUUUAUGAAAGUUUUGGAUUAAAGAGAUGGCUCAGUUGGUACUUUGCAUUUAAGCAUGAAGACCUGAGUUUGAUCCCCAGACUCACUUGACAUUUGUUCCCAAGCAUUACAAGCCAAGUCCAGUUGCUGGAAAACCAACUUGAUGGAGGGAAGGAGCCAACACUCCAGGUUGUCCUCUAACCAUAUAUACACACAAAAUAAAGUGAUGUAUUAGUCAUUCCUGACGAACAA